AUGGGAAACGGAGGAUCCAGUACGAAGGGAAAGAGUGGCAAUAAUAAUAUCGUAACAACUCAUUUCAACGGCGGCGAUGCAAGUCUCACCGCCUCUGCUAGUUUAAAAGGGAUUCUCAAAAACGGCGAUGAAACGAGAACGAAUGGCAAAAAUAAUAACAACCCGUUACAAGGACAACAACGGUCAGUUUUGGCAUUACCUUUUAGACCAGCCUCGGCUGCUGAAUUAUUACCUGCUACGUAUAAUGGGAACCUUUUUCAUGGAACCGGUACAAGCCGCCAAACCGUGGACCUCAUAGACCACUAUAACCUUAGCAGUACCGUCGAAAAAAACCUCCCAGCGCGGAUAUAUAAUUCUCAAUGGAGAGGGUGUGUUCGAUUCAAACAUGGCUCUCCGUUGCCUUUGCGUGGUGGGGAUGAUGUGAUACCAAUUCCCCUUUGCACGGAUGGUGGGGGCGGUGUGGUUUUUUGUUACCGAAUCAUAAGCGUGGACGGGCGCCUAUGGAGAUUUUACAAUGACACGGUUGCGUACGAGCUAGAAGUGGUUUGUGUUUUUAGCGCGAAUUCCAAAAUUGAGGCACUAGGCUUGACGACGCUGCGUGAACGAUCCGAUGGACGGGCAGAGGUGCGCCUUGUUUUACACCCGGGCGACACACAAGAAUUCAUAUACGGAGAUGUGGAGCGUUAUGAAGAGGACAUCAGGCUAAGGCAUGUAAGUCGUGCCUUCAUAGACGCCUCGGCCCGGGCAUGUGAGCCAUUUCUCAAAGAUGAGAAGGCAAGCAUAUGCGCCUUGCUUUCAAGAAGAGGGAAAAAAACGGGGCCAGGGAACAAUUGGAACGUCCCCAGUGAGGAACUCCUACGGUGGUGUGUGGAGGAGCAAGUACCCUUUUUGGAUUUGGAGUUUCCUCCCAAUUUGUUCUCGUUAGUUGGAAAAGAGCAAAGCACGCAGAAAAAAGUGCUAUGCGGCUGGUGCAAACCGAAAAAUUACAUACCAACAGAGGCACUCGUGGGUGAGCCUCGCGUUCUUCGCAGCUCUCCACAACCUAUGACUGUAGGUGUUAGUCUGACGGGAGGUCAAGGUGUUGUGGGUGCGCUGGCAAUAUUGGCUGAGGAUUAUUUUGCUGUUGAGAGGCUUUUCCGACAUCCCAUGGGUUCUGCAGCUGCCGUGGAGGAGCAAAGGGUGGAUGCAAGUCGAGUAACCUUGUGCAAAGGUGGCUGGUGGAUUUCUACUGUUGUGGAUCACUAUUUCCCUGUCCUCAACAUGAAAUUACUGACAGGGAAAUGUAUUAGUGAUCCCGCAGAGUUGUGGGUGUCGGUCGUGGAGAAGGCAUAUGCCAAGUUACACGGGAACUACACCAAUUUGGCGGAAACCGAUGCAUUGCGAGCAUUACAGGAACUUACGGGGUAUCCUACAUGUCGCUGGGAUUCCAUGUUGCGAGAUGCUAGCAGCCAUGAAGAGCUUUUUGAUAAACUUUGCCGUUUUUGCGAGUUGGGAUUCAUCGUUGUUUUGGAUAGACCAAACCUCACAUCGGGUAAGAGUUCAUUGCAGCGUCUUGGACUGCAGGAGGGAAACGCAUGUGUGGUUCUCAGCAUGAAAAUGUUUCAACCACUGCCCUCCAAUGGAGUCUCGGGACAACUCCAGCAACAGGGAAUUCAUCGCCUUGUGAGGGUUCGAAAUCCCUUUGGGAGUGCUCGCGACUGGGUUGGUGACUGGAAUUUGUGGGAUCCUGCAUGGAAAACAAAUCCGGUAAUAGCUGCUCAGUGUGGGCACGAUAAGGAGUGUGCCGAGGACGGCUCCUUUUGGAUGGAGUGGCGUGAUGUCGUGUGUUGCUUUCACGGGUGUGGGGCUUGCUUCACACACAACUUGUUUUAUGAGUACCGUGUGGCGGGACACUGUGGGAAGGGAGGUGUCCCGGGGUGUGUGAUUAAACUGGAAGUGAGCCGUCGCAUGUACAUUUUGGGAAUGCUGCAGCAGGAGGUGCGGGGGGUUGAGGGAAUGCUACAGCCCAUUUUGCUCCAAUUAUCGCGACGAUAUGUACCCGAGGCUACGCAAAUGCCUUCUUCUGUUGAUGCAUUGCACAAUGAAGCCAAUACGAAGAGUCAGCAAUCAUUGAAACGGUCCGAUGCACGAAAACAGGAAGUUGUACUGAAUUCUACGGCGGACUGCGACUGUCCCAGCCCCGAUUUGUUAACAUUCCGCGCGUCCUCGCAGGUGAGUUUCAUUUGUGAGCUGCUCCCGGAGUACAGUCCGUAUUAUCUCAUUCCCCGCACCACAUCGGAUGAGAUGGCGUACGUCUUGGGCCUCUUCACCAGCGUUCCAUGCGGCAGGGGAAGUGUCGGGGACGGGGCUCCUGCAACGAGGAGUGCGCCUGGCCUCUCCACCCCGCUCCCCACCGCCGGUGGGUCUUUUGCGCAGGCAAAAUUUAUGCGUCUUUCAUCCAAGACAAGAGUCUUUUCCAACAGUUUGCGAUUUGAGGUGAAAUCAGAGACAUCGGUGAAGUGCCGGUAUCAGGUUUCAUCCCCGACAGCCUCCCCGCUCACUUUUCCCUCAAUGUUUACUGACAACUGUAUAAGAUAG